UCAAGGUACGCCAACAGCCUCCCUGCUCUCUCUUUCUUUCUCUCUCUCUCUCUCUCUACAAUCGGCUAUUGACAAAAAGCCUCGCUUUUCUCUUCCUCAACCUGCUUCAGCGUAUCCAUGGAGUCACAAACAGAAGCAGCAGUUAACUUUGGAAAAUCUAUCAUAGUGCCUAGUGUUCAGGAACUAGCCAAGAAAUCCAUCGCCCACAUCCCAUCGAGAUACGUGCGAGAAGGUCAGGACCCUUCGAUCGUCUCCGAUGAGUUAUCCCUUCCAACGGUGCCCGUCAUCGAUCUUGAGAGAUUGGUUGUUGAAGAUUCCAUGAGCUCUGAGUUGGAGAAGCUGCACUCUGCCUGCAAAGACUGGGGAUUCUUCCAAGUUACAAACCAUGGAGUUGGUACUUCUUUGCUGGAAGAAUUCAGGACAGAAAUUGACAACUUUUUCAAACUUCCCUAUGAAGAAAAGAAGAAGCUUUGGCAAAAGCCAGACAAUCAGGAGGGAUUUGGACAACUCUUUGUGGUUUCAGAGGAACAGAAGCUAGACUGGUCGGACAUGUUCUAUGUAACUACUCUUCCACUCAAUCAAAGCCUCUUUGACAAGCUUCCUCCAAAGCUCAGAAAUACCCUCCAAGCUUACUCUAUGGAGGUGAAAAAGCUGGCCAUUGCAAUCUUAGGUCACAUGGCUAAAGCUUUGAAGAUGGAUGCUGAAGAAAUGGUAGAGCUUUUUAGUGAUGGAGUUCAGUCAAUGAGAAUGAAUUACUAUCCUCCAUGCCCUGAACCCAAUAAGACCAUUGGCUUCACUCCUCAUUCUGAUGCUGAUGCUCUAACAAUUCUCUAUCAGCUCAACGAAACAGAAGGCCUACAAAUCCGAAAGGAUGGGAGAUGGGUUUCUGUUAAACCUCUUCCACAUGCUUUUGUAGUCAAUAUUGGAGAUAUCAUGGAGAUUGUAAGCAAUGGCAUUUAUCGGAGCAUUGAGCAUAGAUCAACUGUAAACUCAACAAAAGAGAGGCUCUCAAUUGCAACAUUUUAUAGUUCAAAGCUAGACUCAGAAUUGGGCCCUGCAGCCAGCCUUAUUUCUCCUCAUAACCCACCAAUCUUUAGGAAAGUUCCUUUGGAGAAGUAUUUUAAAGACUUUUUUGAUCGAAAACUAAAAGGAAAGUCUUACCUUGAUUUCAUGAGAAUAGAAAAGGGUGAAGGCAACACAUGUUGAAUGUAUCAGGCAAAAGAGAAGAAAUUAAGCAGGAGUUGAGUAGCCACAAAGGUGAGGUGCAAGAAUCUGUAUGUUCUAUCUUGAGUGAAUUUCAAUGAACUUUAUUUAUUAAUACUUAAGGCUUUUUUGUGAUUGAU